UCCUUCUCCUUCACCUACAAGCUUUUCCUCUAUAAAUAGCCCCAAAACCCUAUUUACCAUAUUCAUUUCUCUCUCUUCAUCAAUCAAGAUUUACUAACAAUGAAGAAAGGAUCCAACGGCUCUGGCAACUCCGCUCCAAAAGCGGUUGCAACAACCGGUUACGCGGUCAUCUCCCCUGUACCGGUGAUAACAACCACCACCGUGAGUAGCGGAGGAGGUAAAGAAAUUUACCAGACCAAAUCUCAGUACAGUUACGGCGACAAGCAGACUGGUAGCUACGGCAGAGCCACCACUACUGAGAAGGCGUCGGCCGGAGGGUUUAACUGGAAAAAUGGAACUACUGGAACCAGGAGUGAGUACACGCAAAGCUCCACUGUUCGCGUUGGUGACAAAAGUGGCUACACUGAGGUUCGUAGCGAGCAGAGUGUCCGCAAUGUGAGGUACAACAACAGCAGCUCCAGCAACAAGAAUGGUGGUCAUUACGGUGGUCCGUAUAUCGUGUAUGGUGAUUCUGAGUACUAGCUAGUUGGUGAUCUGGUGGUGGUUGGUGAGUGUUGAUUUUAGGGUUUAUGUGGUUUGUUUAGGGUUUAUGACUGUUAUUGGAAUUAAAGAUCAUGGCUAGAUGAUCAUUUGCUUUUACUUUUGGUGUCUUUAUUGUAGUAUGAAACUAUCCUUUGUGGUUUAAUAUCAUCACUAUCUUCUUUCCGGUUUAAUA